CCGUCUGGCAGGCCGGCGCUGCGAAUCAACAAACAGAUCCAACUCCCUCCUCCCCCGUCCUCAUCCCGUCUCGCCCUCCCCCGUCCUCUUCCCCUCCGGCGACACGCGGCGCGGCGCGGCGGCCAAGCAAGAUGGAUUGGCAGGGGCAGAAGAGCGCGGAGAUGCUGAUGCAGGUGCUGCUGGUGGCGUCUGCCGUUGCGGCGUUCCUCACCGGGUACACCAUGGCGGACUUCCAGCUCAUGCUUCUCGUCUACGCUGGCGGGGUCGUGCUCACGGCGCUCGUCACCGUCCCCAACUGGCCCUUCUUCAACCGACACCCGCUCAAGUGGCUCGACACCCCCGAGGCUGAUCGCCAUCCUCGCCCUCAGAUCAGUAGCACAACGGCAUCGACCGGGGGUAAGAAGAAGACCGGCAAGAACAAGUAGUCAUCAGAGGCUGAUAUUUUCUUGAUCCAUGUGUCCCAGACAUGCUUUAUGAUAGUACCAUCAAUUGCAGAACUUCUGAAAUGAGAUGUUAGAUGUUGUGUUACUUACAUGUGUUACAUGCUUUAUGAUACCACCAAUUGCAGAACUUCUGAAACAGAA